GUUUUCAUAAUAAAGACGCUUAAUUGAACAUUAAACAUAGACCUACUGGAAUAUAGUAAAGAUGGAAUCUAAGAAAGAAGUUGGAACUAUACUUGAUCAACCUGGAAAAUCAGUACCACCACGUAAUCUAACUCUGGUACCUCCACCUCAUCGACAAUGGACUAGUGGGAUUUGUUAUUGUUGUAAAAAUAGGGAUUGGGGUUGUUUUGCGGUAUGUUGUUACUUCUGUCUAUUAAAUCAACUGACAAAAGCAAUGAAUGAAAAAACGUGUUAUCCAUGUUUACCAUGGUGUGGAUUAGUAGGAUUGAGAAUGAAAAUGCGAACAACUUACGGAAUAGAGGGUGAUGGAUGCAACGAUUGCUGUCAACUAUGUUUCUGUAAUGGUUGUGUAGCAUGUCAAAUGCAUUAUGAAGCACAACAAAUUGGAAUUAUAGAAAAGAAAACCUGUUCAGAUGCAUGUAAUCAAUGUUGUGUAUGCUAUAGAUAAACAGAAUGAGAUAAAGAACAAUUUGUAAACUUCCAACUACUUUCACUAUCAAAUCAUGUAUAAUUAAGUAUAUUCAAAUGAAUUUUAAUUGUGUACUAAAUAAACACUCUACAGCAUUUUAC